UCACCAGAACCCACUCAAACUACAAUCGACUACAAAUAUCCUCCACUUCUUACUCUCGUACAUCUGCAGACAAUGAUGUUCACCAACUACUCGGCAAUUCUGGCGUUCAUCGGGGGUGCUGUUGCUUUGCCACACCCCCAAGGGCUUCCCUUCCUACCUGGGGCAGGCCCAAAAUUCCCCACCAAUGUGACCUGUGGAGAGGUCAAUGUCUUCUAUACUGGCUUCACUGCAUAUCAUCCCUAUGUGCUUGCCCAGGGUCUUCAAGGUGCUGAGGUUGAUCCACGCUUGAGGAACGGUACCGCCAGUCUGAUCAAAGCUGGCUACAAUGUCCGCGUUCUUUUCCAAGGUCCCGAACAGCCCGUCUCCAACAUCGCCGACCGAAUGAAAGGCACAAGGUGGGAUGUUGAUGCCCAAGGAAUGGGUCUCCGAGGCUAUGGAAACGCGACAGCCACCAGGGUGUUUGAAGAUAAUCUGUAUCAAUUUCAAAAAUCGGCACCCAAUGCCCCAACAGUUUUUAACUGGGGUCCCGAUUCGUUCGGUGAGGCCAUCAUCCGUCGUAUCCCCUUGAGGGAUGAUUGUACAAACAGACCCGGUAAACUGAUCGCAUAUGAGGAGAUAUGCGACCCCAGUGUCUGCGAGAAAGUUACCGUAAUUCUUGAUGGGGAUAUGGAUAAACUUCUUGAGGGUAUCAACUGA